UUCAAUGCCUUUCCUUUGACCUGAAUUUUCAAUUCUGUAUUUGUUUUACCACUUUUCAUUCUUAUCUAACAUUCAUUUCAAUAGAUUCAGAGAGAGAGAGGGAGGGGGGGAUUAGAUACAUCAGAUCAACAGGUGGUGGGAUUGGCAGCUGCAGGUGCAAGACAUGGCUGCUGAGACCAAAUCUACUGUGGUAAAGGUCAGGCCCAGCAACGCCAGUCAAGAUGCUUCAUCCAAGAAGAAGAUUGCUGCGACCUCAUCCAAAACCGCCCUUGAUCAUCCAAAGUCUAAAUCCACCACCACUGUCUCAAAAACUGAGGUGAAAGGCAAAACAACAUUGACUUCAUCGAAAACAACAACGAAGACAACUACUGUGAGAACAAGAGAGAAGAAAGUUUACAGUUUGCCAGGCCAGAAGCAUGAUGUUCCUGAAGAGAGAGAACCCCUGAGGAUAUUUUACGAGUCAUUGUCAAAGCAGAUACCUUCAAGCGAGAUGGCGGAGUUUUGGUGAGUUUCCCUUAUAAAAUUUUCUAUACUUCUUGUUUUAUUCAACCAUACCUUGUCUGUGUCUAAAACCAAUCUCCUGAAACACUAUGAAUG